GGACAACGAACAAUCAAGUUGUUCCUUUUUCCUCGUAAGGAGUUGGAUUUUUUUUUUAAAAAAUGGACUCAAUGAACUUCGUCAGAUCAAUUAAAUUACCCUUUUAAUAAGCGGUUUUCCUAAAUUUUGGAAGCAUUCAUUUUUAAUUAUUAUGGAAUAUUCUUUUGGAAUAUUUUUGGAAGCAUUCAUUUUUAAUUCUAUCGGAAUAUGCUUUUCGGUUAUUAAUAACGGAAUAUGCUUUUCGAUAUGAUAUGCAAUGAAAUUUUUAAAGUUGCUGAUUGUUUUGUUUUCUUUUUAAUUUUAUGAUAUGAUGAGAUGAAUAAAUAUAUCUUUAUUAAAAUUUUACUCAUUCCUUCAUGUUUCAUAAAGUUGCGAAAAAUCACAUUAAAAAUGGUUUAUAAAAAUGUAAAAUUUUUCAAGGAUAUUUAUCUGAAGAAUAAGUUGAUUGCUUUUCAGAACACCAACACAAAGUAAUGAUAGCUGCCAAAUGUUGAACAGGAAAAGAAGACGAGGGAUUAUUGAAAAAAGGAGAAGAGAUCGAAUCAACAGUUCGUUGUCAGAACUUAGAAGAUUGGUCCCGGCAGCCUUCGAAAAGCAGGGUUCAGCAAAAUUAGAAAAAGCAGAAAUUCUUCAGUUAACAGUGGAUCACUUGAAAAUGCUUCAUGCAAAAGGUUUUGAUGCUUUAUCUUUUGAUCCCCAUAAAUUUGCAAUGGAUUACCAUAUUAUUGGAUUCAGAGAAUGUGCAUCAGAAGUAGCACGUUACUUAGUUGCAAUUGAAGGCAUGGACUUGCAAGAUCCUCUAAGAGUGAGACUCAUGAGCCAUCUUCAGUGUUACUCAGCUCAAAGAGAACUGUCAUUGAAAACGUCAGUACAACCAACCUGGAACCCUACUUCAUUCCCUUCAUCCCUGCCACCAGCUCCUACGCCCCAAUAUCCAGGCCCAUCAGCCUCAAUGGGACCCCAAAUCCCAGAAGCAUCACUACAAACUUCUUAUCCAUAUUCCGAGCCAGCAAGACUGGGUCAACAUAUGGACAAUUCCUUUAACCCAUCAGGACAUUGUACAAGAUCUUCUGCCAAUCAUGUGCCGGUAAAUACCUCAACAACACAGUCAUCAAGUAUGACACUGGUACAGCAUCCACCAUCUGCGCCAUCUAUGGUACCUUCUCUACCUCAAAUGUCAAGUUCCAAUCAGUACCUUGGAGGACAUGGAUUUUCUAGUGGUGGUUAUGGAAGCGCAGGUGCAUUUAAUCAACAUGGCGCUUCCACUGGUAGGCCAUACAGACCAUGGGGUGCAGAGCUUGCUUAUUGACAAUGAUAGAUAGGCACAGUAAUAGUUUAUUACUUGCAUAUAGAGUUUAAUAUUAUA